AUGUCCCGGUUCUCUCUCAAAGGUCGAACGGCUCUGGUGACAGGGGGCGCUCGGGGAUGCGGUCUUGCGUUCGCGGAGGGCCUCGCUGAAGCCGGCGCAGACGUUGCGGUGUUCGACAUCAUAGACCCGAUUGAAGGCUUCCACCGCAUCGCCAGUAAACACGGCGUCAAAACUGCAUUCUACAAAGUAGACGUAAGUUCCAAGUCGUCGUUAGAGAACGGCUUCGCCCAAUUCAGUAAAGAAUUCGAGAAUAAGCUGGACAUCUGCGUUCCCUGCGCCGGCAUCAACCGACAUCUCACGUUCCUGGAAUACACCUACGAAGCCCACCAGGAGCUUCUGUCGACCAACGUUAUGGGCCUGUUUUUCACGGCGCAGCUGGCGGCUAAACAGAUGAUUGCCAACGGGACCAAGUGCGGCAGCAUCGUGCUGGUUGCGAGCAUUGCGAGCUACAUGGCUAUUAAGGACCAGAAUAGCUCGGCGUAUUGCGGGACCAAGGGGGCGGUUCGGGCCAUGUGUCCCGCUAUCGCGAAGGAGCUGGUGCCUUAUGGAAUCAGAGUAAAUUCGGUGUCCCCUGGAUACGUACGGACAGAGAUGACUGCCGCUUUCCCUCACCUCGUUGAGAAAUGGAAGACCGACAUCAUGAACCACCGGCUGGCGGAACCCGAUGAUAUCAUGGGUGCCUGCGUGUUCUUGGCAAGCGAUGCCAGUUCGUAUAUGACGGGUCAAGAUAUCUGCGUUGAUGGAGGGGUUACGAAGUGGUAG